AUGAGCAACUGCAAACCAUGUCUUACUCCAGUCGAUACGCACAAUAAGUUGGCUGAAGACGAUGGGCCUCCUGUUGUAGAUCUGACAUUAUAUUGUGGUCUCGCUGGAGCAUUGCAGUACCUGACUUUCACAAGACCUGAUAUUUCGUUUGUCGUUCAACAAGGCACCCUCGAUCACCGGCUCCAUUUCUAUAAGAACUCUCCACCUUCUCUCACUGCCUAUUCCGAUGCUGCUUAUGUUUCUCUAAACUCUGACGACUCACUCACCGCCUAUUCUGAUGCCGAUUGGGCGGGCUGCCCCUCUACAUGA